UGCGACACCGACGUCACGUCCGGUUUCUCGAUGCCCAAGCGAACGUUGGAGAGCAAUGGCGGCGUGCCGGGGAUCUUCGUCGAAAUGGUUUUUCACCCGGGACCAGCUCGAGAACACGCCGUCCCACCGAUGUGGAGUAGAACCAGACCGGGAGCUCUCCUACCGGCAACAAGCGGCGAAUCUGAUCCAAGACAUGGGUCAGAGACUCAACGUCUCCCAAUUAACAAUAAAUACAGCCAUUGUUUACAUGCAUAGAUUUUAUAUGCACCACUCUUUCACCAAAUUCCACAGGAAUAUAAUAUCCCCAACCACUUUAUUCCUGGCCGCUAAAGUGGAAGAACAACCCCGGAAACUCGAACAUGUCAUCAAGGUUGCACAUGCUUGCCUGAACCCACAAGAACCGCCUCUAGACACAAAAAGCAAUGCAUACCUCCAGCAAGCUCAAGAGCUGGUGAUACUUGAAUCCAUAGUGCUGCAGACCCUGGGCUUUGAAAUUACUAUUGAUCACCCACACACUGAUGUGGUGAAAUGUUCCCAGCUAGUGCGAGCAAGCAAGGAUCUGGCACAGACUUCCUAUUUCAUGGCUACCAACAGUCUACACCUCACUACCUUCUGCCUCCAGUACAAGCCCACGGUGAUCGCCUGUGUUUGCAUACACCUGGCAUGUAAGUGGUCCAACUGGGAAAUCCCAGUUUCCACUGACGGAAAACACUGGUGGGAGUACGUGGACAACUCUGUCACUCUCGAGCUGCUUGAUGAGUUGACCCAUGAGUUUCUGCAAAUUCUGGAGAAGACACCCAGCCGUUUAAAGAGGAUACGAAACUGGCGGGCAACACAAGCUGCCAAGAAGCCCAAGUCUGAGAGCUCUCAGUUGUCAGACAACUCCUUUCCUGGGCCUUCCAUGCUCUCAGAUGGUGAUGCUUCGCUCCCAGGACUCUCCUCCAACCCAAGUUUUUCCAAAGGAGGCGCCUCCUUCACUGCAUCCCUGUCUCUGGACAGCUUGACUGGCACAUACAAUCCAGGUAGCCACAGUGAGUGGCCCCAGGGCAACCAGAGCAUAGCAGGGUACUCUUCCAGCUGUAUAAAACAGGAACCCCUCAACAUCUCCCUUCAAGAGCCCGCACUGUCUUUGCAAACCUCCACUUCCUCUUUGCUUCAGCAUGCACCGGUAUACAGGACUGAAAAAACAGUUGACUUCAGCCCUAUCAAACAGGAACACAAAGGAGCUGGCGGGAGUUCGGUGGGCAAGCAUCAGCCACCACCUCAGUCUGCCUACCUUCCACCCGCUCAGCCUCCUCCACCACAAUCUACUUCAGCUCAGAAGCUGUCUCUGGACAAAUACAGAGAGAAGCAUGCAGAGCUGGCUGUCUCUGGUCAGAAACGUAGUCAUGAACAACAUGGAGGGGUAAUGGACUAUGAUGUGAGGGGGGAUAUGUCGUCUUCCUCCUCUUCUAGCUAUGCACCAUCCUUUACGAGCCAAGUAGACCAUAGAAAACAUUUACAGCCCCACCAAUCAACCCACGGUAGUGGUGGAGGCACCACUGCCUCCCCAAUGAAAAUGAAAGUCCCUUCCUCAACUUCAGGGCAAGAUAGGCGCCAUCAUGGUGACAAACGGGACAAAGGCUCGCUCAAACUCCGCCUGGCUGUUCCUGGGUCUGGUGGAAGCUCCCAGCUGGAUAAAAGUGGACAAUCAAGCAAAGAUGAGCUUAAAAUGAAAAUUAAAGUUUCCUCAUCAGAGCGCCACAGCUCAUCAGAUGAAGGCAUGGCAGCCAACAACAAGAGUAAACAUUCCAGCCCUCUGGUGAGCAAGGACAAACAACAUCGUGGAGCAGAUCACAACCUCCAUCGCCAUCACAAGCACAGUCACCCUCAUCCACACACACACAGUGGGAAUGGGCGAGGAGGCCCUGAGGGCCCUGGAGGCCUACUACGUGGUCCUCCAGGACUGGUCAGCAUGGAAGGGACUACACUUGCCCCUCCCGGAUCCACCUCUUUGUCUUCAUCCUCAUCGCGCAAGAGAGUGCACGCCGAGGCCAGCCACAACCACCACCCUUCCUCUGCAUUCUCCACUUCUUGCUCCAAAGUGAGCAAAAUCUCCAAGGGUGGCACUGGUGCUGCAGGUGGGCUGCGGACCUCUCAGCAGUACCCUCCUCCUAGUGAGUCGCCACAUGAAGUGGGAGAGCAGAGACACUGAGUCCACCACUCUGCAGCCAUGGCCAGCACAUGGAAAUGGCAGCAAACUACCCACAGACUCUGAAGACUAUGCUCACCUCCCUGUUAAGUGCCCUAGGAAAAUAACUCUUUAUGUGAUGAUAAACCCUUUAUUGAAAGGCAGAAAAAGUCUGCAAACAAAAGUAUUGUUGGACAUCUCGAUUUCUGAGAGACAAGAAUGAUGAAAAAAAAAAUGCUUCCUGACUGUCAGAUCGCUGAGUUGUGUACUCAGUCCUGUCUUUCUGUUAGUGUGUUGAAUUGCUGCUUGGUUCUCCUUCAUCCUCAAAUGAGUCUAGGAAUGUGCAAAGAUGUGUGUGUGUGUGUGUGUGUGUGUGUGUGUGUGUGUGUGUGGUUUCAUCAUGGGGUUGGAGUCCUUUACCUACAUUUCAGAUCUCCAUAUGGGAAACAAAAGUAUUAGUAAGUACUAUAAAAAGGCAUGGAAGGUGCGCUUUUCUUCAUUUUCCUCCUAAUUUUUUUUUUAAGAGUAAUUUAAUUGAAUCACAUUUAUGCGGUUGUAUGGAGGAAGCCGAUGGGCCAGCUGGAGAUGAGUUCAAGCUAUGUUUGCUGGCAUUCCAUUUAGUACUGUUUAGUACAGUUUUUUUUUUUUUUUUAGUGUAAAGUUUCAUCUCCUCAAUUACUUUCUUGUCUUGAUUUCUUUUUAUACUUAAGUACUGUGCGUACGAUUUGCAUGUUUCAAUCAUCAAAGGGAUUUCAAAGGAGAACACGUACUUGCUGUUUACAGAAAGUGGAGAUAAAUGUACAUACGUUUUUGUAUGUUUAAAGAGAAAAAAAAAGCUAUACCAUGACUACUCAGGUUUGGAGCUGCUUGUAAGUAUAACAAGAUAACUAUAAUACCUAUAAAAGACUUUUAUUUUGUUGGUUGGGCAUCAUCGGGUGAAUGAUUGCAGCAUUCCAGCGGUGUGUGCUUCUUACAGCCUUCCUACAGAGGGCGCCGUACUGUGCUUUCCCCAUCACAGGAAACAUCAGUUGAUGCCCUCAGUAACACCGGCACAUCCAACACCUACUUAUCACAUCAGAGCGAUGCAAUUUGUACCAAAAAUUAUUAUUUUUUUGGACCUCUAAGUAGACCUUAAGCUGGAUGCCAAAGGUUGUGCCUCAAAAAGAAAAAAAAACUGACAGACAAUAGUAGUGUGCUCUUAAAGUUUACAUAACCCUUUUUACUUUGAAGUGCAUCAGACAUAAUAUCAUGACAUGAAGCUGUAGCUCUUAGAUGUCAGCCCAUGAAGGGGGAACAUGUAAGUAUUACUGAAUCAACCUUUAAUCAGAAAAAAAAAAAAAAUCUUUGGAAUCGGUUUCCAUUCGAGCUAGAGUUGUCAGAACAGUGAGCAAUUGGCCAUAUGCAACAUGACCUGCUGGGUAACGCAAGUAUCUGCAAUGUGGACGUUCCUCAUAGGUUUUGUCACUGAUGUCCUCAUCCAGUUGGUUGACUUUACAUUUGCAGCCAUGUACCUGUCCGGACACGUCUUUACAUUAGUUCUCUACAUUAAACUCGAUAUUGUUCUCAAAUGUUGACAUGAGCGUCCCCUCUGUUUUUGAUUGGGUUACUCAUUCAUGUGCAAAUACACGACAAACCAGAGGCUGGAUUGUUUUUACCCCGUUUCGGGCACCCAGAACAAAAGCAGUUGUGGACAAAUGAGCCAAACCCACUCUUUGCAUCCUUUUCCCCCCCAUUUUCAUUU